AUUUAUUUAUACAAUAAACAGUUAAUAUUAAUAACAGAUGAAAAUGGUACGUUUCAUUGUUAAUUAUGUAUAUUACGUAAUAUCGUACAUUGAUUUUAAUUGUCGUUGAUCAAUGUUCCAGCUUCGUACAAUCACGUUCAAUCUGAUCCGAAGUGCUUCAAAUCCAUCGCUACCUGGAAAAACAAACAUAUCUUGAAACGUUCGAUGCAAUUUCGUUUAUUUAACACCAUUAAACGUUUGCGGAGGUGCAGUUUGAUAGCAACGAAUUCCAGUGAUUGAGCGUUCUCUGUUGCUGGCGCCAAACGUUUGCUCCGAGCUUUGGGAGGAGACACGAUCAAGCGAUAACGAUUUCGAGCCCGUGAAAAUAUGUUGAUAGGCGGAUAGAACCGCAUUUGUGUGUUGCAGUACAUGGAUAUAGUACGGCAACGUGUUGAUAUCAGUGCGCGAUAUAGUUUCACGUGCUCGACGGUACUAAUUGUUUCCGUAAUUUUGGUUAACAUCAUCGAGGACGUAUCGUGAUUGUUUGUCUAAAACACUGUAUUCAAUUUCAAAGGUAUGUCAGUGUCUACGAAGAAUUCUGUUUCGUUGGAGGAACGCUCAUCGUCGACGAAAGAACAAAAUAAACGGAAUUUCUCAAUAGCGAAGUAUGUAACUGUAUUAAGUUGGUUGCCAAAGUAUACCCAGUUGGAUGCUAUUUCGGAUUUGGUUGCUGGAAUUUCUCUAGGAUUAACUUUAAUUCCACAAAGUAUCGCGUACGCUGCACUCGCAGGCUUAACGGCACAGUAUGGUCUCUAUUCUUGCUUCAUGGGCGCCUUUGUAUAUCUUAUUUUUGGAUCUAUUAAAGAAGUUUCGAUCGGACCCUCGUCCCUGAUGUCGCUCUUAACUUUAGAAUAUACUAGGAACAUGCCAGUGGACUUUAUCGUGCUAUUUACAUUUCUGGUUGGAUGUGUAGAGUUACUGAUGGGUGUACUACGUUUAGGAUUCUUAGUGGACUUUAUAUCCAUACCCGUUACAUCGGGUUUUACUUCAGCUACUUCGAUUAUUAUAAUCGUGGCUCAACUGCAAGGACUAUUAGGAUUGAAAUUUCGAGCGUCCAACGUCGCUGGCGAUCUAAUAAAAAUAGUUAAGAACGUUCAAGACGUUCGUAUACCGGACCUGACUCUUGGCCUUUGCAGCAUCGCUUUCCUUCUCACGUUCAGAAAACUAAAAGAUACGGAUUGUUGUUUUGCGAAAAACAAAAGGAACAAAAAUGAGAAAAUGGUCGUUUUAAAGAAGAUCUUGUGGUUUUGUUCUAUUGGUCGCAAUGCUUUGGUUAUUCUGAUAACCUCCACGAUAGCUUUCUACCUAAAGAAAUCAGGAUCGACUCCAUUUAUUCUUUCAGGAAGAAUAGAAUCGGGACUUCCGAAGCUGUCUUUGCCGCCAUUUUCGUCUCAGGCGGGAAAUGAAACUUACACUUUCGUAGAUAUGUGUUAUCAUUAUGGGGCUGGGAUAAUCGUAUUGCCUCUCGUGUCGGUGUUAGCGAACAUAGCUAUCGCCAAAGCAUUUGCGAGCGGUAAAACCCUAAAUGCUACGCAGGAGAUGCUAACACUCGGCUUGUGCAAUAUACUUGGAAGCUUCUUUUCAGCUAUGCCAAGUACCGGAGCGUUCACUAGAAGUGCCGUAGUUUCCGCCAGCGGUGUUCGAACACCUAUGGCUGGCAUAUAUGUUGGUAUUAUGUCGUUAUUGGCGUUAAGUUUUUUGACGCCGUACUUUUAUUACAUUCCACGCGCUACGCUUGCAGCUGUAUUGAUAAGCGCAGUUGUCUUCAUGGUUGAUUUGAAGAUAGUAAAACUACUCUGGAAUGGAUGCAAAAAGGAUUCGGUUGCAGCGAUAGUUACAUUCUUAGUUAGUAUUGUUUGCAGCGUGGAAAUAGGACUUUUGACCGGUGCCCUAUUUAAUGUAAUUUUUCUCCUUCGAGCGACUGCAAGGCCAAACAUCGAAGUAAUUCGAUGCAAGACACAACUUGGGAACAAAUAUAUAAUGCUAAAACCAGACGAUGGGCUUCUUUACCCUGCUGCGAACUAUUUCUGCAAUACAGUCAUCGAAAUUGUUGAAAAAUACGAUGGAAAUAACGCACUGUUCGUUAUCAAUUGCGAAAAGAUACGAAAUAUUGAUUACACAGCAAUAAGGGGGAUCGAGGUGUUGUCAAAAAAUAUGAACGCAGAAAGGAAGAAACUGUGCUUUCUCCAUGUUAAUUCCGAAAUAUUUCAAAGUAUUCAAACUCUUGGUAAUGAUAAAUACUUUUACUUCAUCGACGCAGAAGAUAAAAUAUCAUGCACGUUUCAUGGCGGUAUUUUGACAAAUGAUGAAGAGGAAGCGAAAGACGGGCUCUUGGAAAACGUGGUGGAAAAUGAAACGAUUGCGGCUAUGCAUGAUAAGAAAUGUUCAGAGACACAUAAAAAAAUUGUAACAAAUACCGACAACAAUACCGAAGAAAUUGCAUUGAUGUCACCGUUAUCGUCGAAAGCAAAAUAA